CCGUAUAAAUCGGGAAGCCCGGCCCGAGAUCCAUCUCAUACUUAUGCUGAGUUGUGAGACCUUGUCAUUGAGUCAGUGUUUAUUCUACAUAGCCUGGAGGCUGAGGCUUCAUCUGCAGGGUCUAUCAUGACUUUACAAAAUAAAUUCUGCUGCCAUCUCCGGGAAGUGGAAUUGAGCACACAAACAGAGUAGGGGCAUACACGAAAUGGUGGUUCUUCCCACAUGCUUGCAGCUACAUGUAAUUGGCAUCAUAACAAAUCUUUUAUAAUGGAUGAUAUGCGUGUAGAUCUGUUUGGAGUGAGUCACUUGUCAAAGGCACCCCAGGGUUGCAAUCUGAAAAUGGCCUUGUAUAACUGACAACUGUAUCCAAACCACUUGCAGAGGCUCACAUCCAAGGGUUUCUGGAAGCUUGAGUGUGCCAAACAAAAAACUCAACCAGGAAGUGGCAUCUACAGCUGCACCAUGGGCACUGUGAUGAGUAGUCAGAAGAAGGGUUGGAAGGUGAGAGGCGUGGAUCAGAUAGAUAUGCCAGCAGAGUUGGAGAAAACAGCACCAGAUAGAGGGAAGACUGACCUGGAGGAGGAUCUUGCUUCUGAAGCAAAAGAAGCAAAAGAGAAGUUGGAGAGGUGGAUACAGGAGACUUCUGAAAACAUGGAGUAUCUGCAGAGCAGCGAUGACUACGCUACAGAGGAGUGCUUCAAGAUCUAUGAUAACCUUCGGAAGGCCAGUACCUUGAAACCAAAGUCCAAUCGAGUCUUGCUGGCAGAUCAUCUGCUCUCUUUGGGAUUUGUGGAGAUAUUUCCCAGGAUGUGGAAUGACCUUAAUAGUUAUCAGAUGUAUAUUGAUGAACCUGUUCCCAAAGCCAAACAAGCGCUCACCAAUCUCAAGAGAAUGCUGGGGAGUUAUUGGAACUUUACGGAUUGUUCUGAUAAAGUCUGUACUGAAUUUGGUAAAUUGAAAUGCUUAGACUUAUUAAUUGAAGGGCUAAAGGAUCCUGAAUUGAGUGUUGAUCGUUUGAACGAUGAUGGAAAACGUUAUGUUGUUAAAGGAAUUCUGGGAAUCUUGCAUAACUGUUGUAGGAGAAAGUUCAAGAACCGUGCUCGUUGUUAUGGUGCCAUAGAUAACCUGCAGGAAUUAUCAACAUCAUCAUACCUUAUUGUUCGGGCAAAAGCUUUCAUAAUUCUGGCAUACGUUGCCAAGAAAUCCGAAGUAGAGAAGCUGCAAACGAACGAUGCAUGCAUGAAAUUCAUGCUGAAGAUGAUUGAAGAGGCUCUGACGUACAAGAAUCAUGUGACCAAAAAGUAUGGCUUCAGUGCCUGUGAAACCCUACAGGGCUUGAAUCAGUUAGCAAUCAAUGACGAGAACAAGAAAUUGAUUGUUGAGCUUGAUGGGUUGACAUUGAUUGGCAAGAUGCUGGCAGAGAAAUGCACAGAUGAAGAGAAAGAGACUGCAGCUGCUGCUAUUUGGCAACUGGCUUUUGUGGAUGAGAACAAGGAAAAAAUAAGACAGGAUCAGCAGAUAAUUAAGUCUCUCAUGUUCUUGAAGAACAGUGAGAACGCAGCCAUCAGGGAUGCAUGUACUGGUGCAUUAUGGGAGAUCUACGACACUAAGGUUCCUCUUGGUGUACACAAUGACAAAUCUGAGAGAUCCUUGUCAUCCUCUACCAUUUCCAUCAAUAGUGAGUCUCCACACAUCAUGAUCAGCUACCAAUGGGAUAGUCAACAGAGAAUGAUAGAAGUCAGGGAUCUACUACAAAAAGCUGGAUUCAACGUAUGGAUGGAUAUUGAUAAGAUGGCUGGAGACAUCUUGGGUGCGAUGGCUCAAGCAGUGGAGAGGUCUGCUCUUGUUCUGGUGUGUAUGACUCAAAAGUAUUUUGAGAGUCAUAAUGGGCGCACAGAAGCGACCUACGCCUACAAACUGAAGAAGCCCAUCAUUCCUCUGCAGUUGGAAGAAGGUUACGAGGGAGAAGGCUGGCUUGGUGCUUUGGUGGGGACCCUUCUGUAUUACAAGAUGUAUUCCAAUGAGGUCAUCCCGGAAUCAUUCCCGGCACUCAUCAAGGAGAUAGGAGACAGAGGCAAGAUGCCCAAGAAAGUAUCGGUCAGGCAAAAUGGAAUAGAACCGCAGAAAUCCAUGAUCACCACAUCACCUCCACCCCGCCCAGAGGCUCCUGUUCUUCCUGCCAAGUCUUACAGCAAGGGCUCUAUGAGUAGUGUCAUCUCCAAAUGGAGCAAGGAACAGGUCGCAGUGUGGCUGGAGUCCAACAACAUCCACAGGCUGCAUUCUACCCUCAACAAUCUGAACGGAGAACAGCUGGUCCAGAUGCGCAAACAGCUUGCCAGGGCUCCAGAGUUCUUCCAUAAGAACCUGAAGGAAGAGCUCAAGCUUGGGUUCAUCUCCAUCUUGUCUCUGACAGCUGCUCUUGAUAAACUGGCAAUCUGAAGAGGUGCUAAAUUCAAGAUUGUAAGGUACCAAUAUGGUUUCAAUGAAGCGGCAAGAGUGUAGUCCACAGGGUAGGAACUUGCUGGUGGUCUUUGCUGAUGUGGAUAGCGAGACUGAUGGUAU